AUGACCCAAGCUGUACCCCUGUCCCAGGCGUUUGCUACCGAACUCCCAACCUAUUCCAAUCCCCACGGGCAAGUUAAAGCCAGCAUCUCGGGCGAUUCAACUCGGAAUGCCGAUCCGCCCUACUUCUCCAUUGCCGCCCAACCUGUGCACGCAGUCCACCAGGAUUGGGCCGCUCUUGGCAGGGCCACCGUUGCCAAUAUCCCCAACAUCAACGCGCCCGCUCAUCCACUAAACCAGGAGUUCCUCUAUCUCUCCGAGGACGCCACCUACCACAACAGCGAAGGCGAUAUCGUCUGCUCCGCCGCCAAGUAUUUGCUCCACCCGGUCAACCAGGCCCUCUGUUCCGUCCCUGACUGUUGCUGA